AUGCAAUCACCUUCUGCAAAACAAUCGCAUUUACGCUCGCCUGUGAUUCUUCUCAAGUCCCCCAUUCUCCCUGGUGGCCUGAUAAGGUCUCCGCGUCCAAAGGACUCUCACGUGGAGCUCUCGGGAGACCAAGUAGUGGGAGACCUGGUCGAUAUCAUCAAAACAGAGGAGCGCAAGAGCUGGCUGAAAGGUUUGCUGUACUUGUUCUUGAUGGUUGCCACUUGGGUGUUUGGUCUCCAACUCAAUAACAACGUUUUAAAGGGUGACACUUAUCAACACCCAUUAUUUAUUGCCUAUGUCAAUGGAGGCCUGUUUGCCAUGUUUGGCAUUCGACCCGCCUUCCGCGCGCUGGUGAACAUGUUCAGACCGCCCAAGCCAGACUUCCUCAACGACAGUGCCGAUUCAUACGGCUCGUGCGGCUCCGAAAGCGUCAUACUGCACACUCCGUCCAUGAACCUCUCCUUUAAAGAGCUACUGACAGUGGCCAUCCAGGCCGGCCUCAUUUACUACGGCAACGCGUCGCUCAGCGCAGUCGCGCUCCAGUACACCAGCGCGUCCAACCAGACAAUCUUGACCACAACAAGCUCCGUGUUUGUGCUUAUCUUGAGUUAUCUUUGUGGAGUGGAUUCCAUCUCUUUUGGGAAGGUUAUUUCAGUGGUUGUAAGCAUUGUGGGGAUUUGCCUCAUCACAUUCAAUUCCGCACCAGAGCCCCAAUCUGAGGCCUCCAGCCCAGUUUUUGGCAACUGUCUCGCAAUCUGCGGUACUUUCCUCUACUCCUGCUACCUGGUGCUGCUUAGAGUCAGAAUUGGCAAGGAAACCAGUCCAGAUAACGAAAAACUUAUGUUUGGGCUACUCGGGAUCAGCAUUCUGGUGUUGGUGUUCCCAUUGUUGUUGAUCGCCGAUUGGAUCGGAUACGAGGACCUCUCCUUGCCAGAUAGCACAACCAUUCUGUGGAUCCUGGUGAUUGGCGGUCUAUUUAACUGUGUUUCCGAUUACUGCUCCAUUAUCGCUACGCUGCUCACCUCGCCGCUGAUUACCGCGCUAUCGCUGUCUACUGCCAUCCCAGUCAAUAUGAUCUUUGACUCGGUCAUAUACAAAGCCAAGAACACUUCAGCAAAGUACUAUCUGGGGAUCAUCCUCAUAUUCUCGUCGUUCGUGUUUGCCAACCUCGCCAACGAGGACGAGCUGGCACAGGACGCUGUGGACGAAGCCAUCGAGGAGGCUAUCGAAAACGACGAGAUGCUGUCUCCUUUCCUGUCGCCGUAUUUGCAGCAACAGGGCCGUCACGACGACGUUCCUGGAAUGAACAUCAACACGUCUUCAAGAACAGGACCACCCGCCAACGUUGUUGUUGCUGGUGGUUACAACCACAAAUACUACAUUAGAGAAAUCCCGCCAAGGUGA